AUAGAAGACUCAGGCUGGCUCUGGGAGGCUGUCUCGAGCGGGUUUGGGUUUGCGCCGGAACGCGCAUUGUGGGCUCUGAGUUGCGGCCGACUCGUGGUUUGCUGGAUGCCCUCACGCCGGGGAUGGAAUGCAUGCAGUUGGGGGAGAUGGCGCAGAUCUCUUCCGCAAAUACAGGCUGUUGAAGCGGUAUCGGCGGGGAAAUCUCGCUCACAUCGCUUGGUGUGGGUGAGCUUGGGGUCACUGGCACUGACUAGAGCAGUCACCGCUUUAACGAGAGAACUGACACACCGUACUUUCUGCCGGGGGCUGAGAGAUAUUAGAAAGGGGUUUUCAGGUCGAGGAAGUACGAUUCCGAAGGCCUCCAGGGGGCCGGCUGGCUUGCGGUACUGGAAAUUCGGCAACUUAUCACAUGUACCCGGGCUGGAUUCGGCACGUUGUUGCGAGCCUAAAAGUACUGAGUGCGAUGGACAACCUGGCCUACCAAUCUCCGCCCCCAGCGAGCAUGAGCGAGAGGGUCUUUGCUAUGUAUGCACAAGCCUCUCUGGGGAGUGUAGGUGUGGAGGAUCGCCUAAAUUGCUGGUCUGCCAUGCUCGCGGAUAGUCGCGGAGAUUUUCACGGAAGAGUGUAAUGUUGUGAAAAAUGCCUCGAGUUGAGACACCGCCUAUGAAAGCAGGGAGGUGUGCGAGAUGUAAGGGAUCAUUAGAGCUGUGGGACGGGGAGUUGGACUGGUUCGACUUCAGUGUUGAUGAAGAUAAGUGUAACUCAAUGGCCAAA